UUUUUUUUUCCCUCGUGCGAGUGACAUUGCAGGAUCUGUGAAAGGGGACUUUUUCAAGGACGCAUAAUCCUCCUCAGAGUCUAAGAUUAGCAAUGGAGACGCUCUCCCAAGACUCCAUCUUGGAAUGUCAGAUAUGCUUCAACUACUACAGCCCGCGGCGGAGGCCCAAACUGCUGGACUGUCGGCACACGUGCUGCUCAGUGUGCCUGACGCAGAUGAGGACCAGCCAGAAAGAGAUCCGCUGCCCCUGGUGCCGCGGUGUCACCAAGCUGCCCGCCGGCCUUUCUGUGUCCCAGCUCCCGGACGACCCCGACAUCAUCACCGUUAUCGCCAUCCCGCACGCCUCCGAGCACACGCCCGUCUUCAUCCGCCUGCCCAGCAAUGGCUGCUAUAUGUUGCCGCUGCCUGCGGCUAAAGAGCGGGCGCUGCUGCCGGGGGACUUGGGCUGCCGGCUGCUCCCUGGUGGGCAGCAGAAGGGUGUUGCUGUGGUAGCCAUGCCCGAAGAGCCGCCCCUGGGAACAGGGCUGGAGGGCGGGGUGGAGAGGCGGGGAGGUGCAGCCCGAAAGGGUUCCACCUGGUCCGGAGUUUGCACCGUGGUGCUGGUGGCCUGCGUGCUGCUCUUCCUGUUGGGCAUCGUACUGCACAACAUGUCCUGCAUCUCGAAGCGAUUCACCGUCAUCUCCUGCGGCUGAGAUUCGCCUCGCUCCCCCUCCCGCCGCCCUCGGCCCUGCCCUCCUGAGGUGGGAGGGGGGGGAAAAAAAAGAAA